AUGCAGUCUCAAGCGACCGACCUUGAUAUUAUUGGAACGCAACGCAUUCUCGGCUCCGAGGGACACCUUACGCUCAACCCCCAACCGACCAACUCCCCCAACGAUCCUCUGAAUUGGUCGCCAUGGCGCAAAUACUGGCAUGCAUUCCUCGUACUCUUUAUCGUGGGUUUGACUGCUGCCACCAGUAACUCGGCCGGCAGUGCUUCAGAUGCGCUGCUGGCGAAAGGCAUCAGCGACAGCACUGAGAACACAGGUGCCGGUGUCUUAUUCGCCGGCAUCGGAUACACGACACUUCUUCUAUCCCCACUGCCCGCCUUGUAUGGCCGCCGCAGCACAUACCUCCUCUGCCUCCUUGCAUCGGUUGCUGGGAGUAUAUGGUUCGCCAAGACGUCGCGCUCUGCUGAUGCUAUUUGGAGCCAGCUCUUUGUCGGCGCCUCUGAGUCUUGUGCUGAGGCUGCUGCACAGCUGUCGCUCUCGGAGCUGUUCUUCAGUCAUCAACGCGGUAUGGUCCUGGGCCUCUAUAUCCUCGCCACCAGUGUUGGGACGUUUCUUGGUCCGCUGUUUGCUGGCCUUAUCACCGACAGUCAUCUUGGCUGGAGCUGGAUUGGGUGGCUUGCUGCCAUCAUCAGCGUGGUAACCUUUGUUGUCUUUCUUUUUGGCUUUGAGGAAACAAGCUUUUGUCGCAGAGCUGUUCUCGAAGGUAUUAGAUUAUCCAAUGCAAAUGAAGAGGCCCCCAAAAUGGAGAAAGCCAACUUUGGAAGCGAUAAUGCAUCGGAACGAGGUGAGCAGGUGAGCUCGUUACAGGAUGAACCCAAGACAUACUGGCAGCGGAUUGCGCUAGUGACGCCGUCGCCCACGCUCAUAGGCUUUGGCUUCAAGCAAUACUUCUCCUCGCUUCUUGGAACAUUCCGAGUCUUUACCUUCCCAGCUGUUCUGUAUGCUGGACUGCAAUGGGGGGCACAAGAUGCGUGGCUGACCUUUUACCUUACUGUCGAGGAGGAUAACUAUUACGAUGCCCCAUGGAACUACGGCGAUACAUCGGUGGCAUUGAUGAACAUACCUACUCUGAUUGGUGCUGUUAUUGGCUGCUUCUAUGGAGGUUGGUUCUCAGACAAAUUCGUUGAGUGGAUGGCACGGCGUCGAGGUGGCAUAAGCGAAGCUGAAGACCGACUAUGGUUGAUGUAUCCGGCAGCCAUAAUCAACCCUGUUGGUCUUAUUAUUUUCGGCAUUGGAUCUGAUAAGGGGUGGCUGUUUCCCAAGCUUUGGGCUGCUUACAUCGGUCUUGGCUUCAUAGGCUUCGGUUGGGGAUGCGCAGGAGAUAUUGGUAAGUGA